CCGAAUCUGUUACUACCUUGCUCGCCGUCAUGGCGGUGCCUUGACCGCUUCAGUCUUCUCGAUGAAGAAGGUGAAGAUGGGCAGGUAGCAUUUUGGGCGCUGCUUCAACGUAUACUCCAGCAGCCUGUCAACUCCCCUGCUCAGCUUAUCGAUGUUCUCGACACAAUUGCUAAUACGAGCUGUGGCUCUUCUGGGGCAGCCAGCGAUUUCGGAACACUCAGAGAAGCUGUGGAGCAUCAUAGUGAUACAUUCUUCUCAAGGCUAUGGCCCACUAUUGUGCAGCUCUCGCUAAUGCUACCGGAUCACUUCCCGGGAGGUAUCAUCCCAGUACUACGACCAGGGGACAAGUUGAGUCUCACAAGAGACAUGGUUGCAUGCCUUGUGGCUCACCAGUUUCUCUGCACUCUUCGGUCUCCUCCCUGGCGUGAAGGAUAUCACGACUUUGGUAUUUGGUAUGGCUCUGGGCAGCGACACCCACAGGCAGUGCGAAUGUAUCUCGCGGCGGUCUUCCAAUAUUUUGAAGAAUUUAGUGCGGAUUCUCGGACCAGCCCAGAAAAUUCCGUUGAUACUGGAGUAGAAUUCUUUUUACAUGCCUUUGAUGGCCCUGGAGGCCCCAUAAUGGGAAAUUGGGAUCAAGUUCGGCUGCGGAGCUUCAAUGUUGUUCAUGUCCAAAAGUUCAGUACAGAGCAGCAAGAAGUUGCUUAUCAAGGCUACGAUGGCGCCGUGGUAGUCUCCGCUAAUAAAGAUAUUGGUUUCGGGCAAACAGCGACUCAGGAGGAGCUUUAUAUGGGUAACUGUCCCGAGGCCUGUCCCGCAGUGCUCUUCACGCCAACGCUCCGGCAUGACCAUAUUCUGGCUAUUCAUGGAGCUCGCCCCAUGCUGAGAAUCUUAGGCCAACGACGUGACAUUGCUUGGGAGGAACUUGGGCCGGGGGCUAGACAAGGAGGUAGAAUGCUGCUCAUGGAUGCACUGGAGCUCGAUGAGGCGGAUGAGUGUGGGAUAUUACCUGAUUUGAAGCAGGCAAACAUUCUGCGUGAGAUACGAAAGGCAUAUACGGCGUUUUCAUCCUGGACGGGCGGCGAUGCUCCGACUGUAUGGACGGGACUAUGGGGCUGCGGCGCAUUUAAUGGCGAUCCUGCUGUCAAAGUGAUUAUCAUGUGGAUAGCGGCC